AUGACUUGCUUAGGAAUCGCUAUUGGCUGCUACCUUUAUAAUAGCGGCUUAUUACAAACUAUCAAGAAUAAGAGCGAUAAAAAAGGUGAAAGUUACUGGAAGUUUAGAAGUUUUUAUGAUGAUUCGGAACCCACUGCUCCGGCUCCUUCUCCGCUAGAAAUCGAAGUUAAUCAGCCCUUAAAGCCUCUCGGUGACUAUUCCAAAGAAGAGCUGGACCGGCGCGCUAAGUUUUUAGAACGCCAAGAAAGAGCCGAAAGCUUACAAGCUUUACAGCCUAGCCAAUCGGAAACUACCCAACUGAUAACUUAUACCUUAUUAGCUACGGCCGCAGGAGCUUUAACUAGCCUUUAUGAUGAAAAAGUUAAGCCCACUUUGGAUAGCAAAAGCGCCGAGUAUAAAGCCCUUUUAAAAGAGAAUUUUGCGAGAGGAGCUAACACGCAAUGA